AUGACAUUGCCAUUUCCUCCUCGCCGCCUCCGUCUACCGGGCAUCUCGUUAUCUCACGCAUUUCAGUUCAUUCGUCACUCAGAACCACGCCCAAUUUCGACCGCGACGCGGAUCUCACGCAGGGGUCUCAAGGGUCUAAGCUCAAACCGGCCACUCAUCAUCAUAGCAACGACUGCGGCCUCAAACAUCUCGGGAACACACACAACCAUCACGGCCCGACGAUACGCGGCCUCACCGCUUACCAUCAUGUCACAGCAGACCCGCUCAUCGUCUUCAUCGCCGCCGAAGCGCGACAAGGAGGUCACGGAACCUCGGCCGAGCGCCAGUAUCCUGCUCCUCUCGCCGACGAACCAGGUCCUCCUGCUGCACCGGGUCAAGACGUCGACGUCCUUUGCGUCGGCGCACGUGUUCCCCGGCGGGAACCUGGACGCUUUCCACGAGGGCGAGAUCCCGCCGGGCGACGCGCGCGAGAGGCACGAAGACGGCCAUGCCUACCGGCUGGGCGCCAUCCGCGAGUGCUUCGAAGAGACGGGCAUCCUUCUUGCUACCAGCAAAAACUCGGACGACAGGUCUACGCUCAUCAACGUGUCAUCUGCGGACAGGGACAGGGCCCGCAAGCAGAUCCACGGGGGAAAAGUGCGCUUCGCUGACUGGGUCGACAGCAUUGGCGGCGUCCCGGACACCGGACGCCUGAUCCCCUUCACGAGAUGGGUGACGCCGACCAACGUGCCCAAGCGCUUCACGACGCAGAUGUACAUCUACAUGCUCCCGUCGUCGGCAUCAACGGGCGCGUCGGCCAUGGAGAAUGAGAUCAUCGUGCCGACGCCGGACGGCGGCGUCGAGCACACGGCGGCCAGGUUCGACGACGCCUCGACGUGGCUCUACCGCGCCGAGAGGGGCGAGAUCAUCCUCUUCCCGCCGCAGUACUACCUCCUCCACCUCGUCUCGCAGUUCUGUAAGGCCGCCGCGCCGUCGCCUGCGCCGGGCGAGGGCCACGGCGACGCGUAUUUCGCGUCGCAGCGGAGGGGUCUGCUCGAGUUCCUCGAGAGCGUGCCGACGGCGACCGGGUCGGAGGCGGCGCGGGGACACCCGUCGUCGGCGAUCCGCUGGGCGGACAAGGUCAUGAGCCCGCACAACCUCUUUAUCCGCGAGGGGGACGGCCGCAUCGUUCUCGGGCUCGACAAGCCGGGCCCGGAGCUCAAGGGGUCCGGCCGCGGCGGCGACUGGGAGAGGGUCGUGUUGGUCAAGUUCACGAGGGAUGGGCCGCGCAAGGUCGAGGUGAGGAGUCGAGAGGAGGUGCUGAGGGAGGAGAAGGAGGCAAAGAGGGCGCGGGAGGCGGAGCAUAAGCUAUGA